UAAGAUUCUGAAAUGAGUGAUUUUUAAUAUUUUUAUAAUAUAUUAAUAUUAUUGUAUCUUUAAUAAUUUUAUUCAUUUAAUUUAAGAAAAUAUUAGAUGUUGGGUUGUUACAACAACUUACAAUAGUUUUGUACUUUGAUUUUGUCUCAAAAUGUCAUCUAAGAUUAGAAUUGGUCAGGGAGCUAUGGUUUGUAAAGAAAUUAAAGUAAAGGGUCAAGUUAGUUUUGGCGCGUCUACAAUAAUUCAUCCUGGUGUAACUUUAAUUGCCGAAGCUGGACCCAUUGAAAUAGGAGAAAAUAAUAUAAUUGAAGAAUAUGUUAAUAUUAUUCACAAAUUUUUACCUGGAGAAGAACAGUCUGAGCCGGUUACACUGAAAAUUGGUUCUAAUAAUGUAUUUGAAGUAUAUUCAACUAUUGACGGAGUCAAAUCUAUUGGAGACAAUAACAUAUUUGAAUCUAAAAGUUAUGUUGGCCGAAAUUUAAUAAUAGGUAAUGACUGCAUUAUUGGAGCAGGUUGUCACUUAACAUCAACUGCGCCUAUUGAAGAUGGCAUUUGUGUGUACGGUAAAAACUGUACUAGACAAAAAGCUUUUUGUAAACCAUCUGUUCCUGGAGGUCAUCGUGAAUUUCUGACUAAAUUGCUACCAAGUUACCAUUUGCUUAGAAAAAAUAAAAACCCCAUUGAAGGAAAUUAAAUCUAUGUUCAAAUAAACAUUGUAUCAUAUACACACAUUCAUACUACAUAUUAUAAUAUAUUUUAUUAAUCUUGUAUAUACAUUCAAAAUAAUAUAUAUCUUUUUUUAAAUUGUUA